AUGUCCCAGCACUCGGGUUUUGAGGAAGCCUCAUCCUCGAAUGGACGGUUAAGGAUAAGGUUCCUUGGCCAAAACCCCGACAACGACGUGAGCCUGCCGCCUAUUGAUCUGAGUCUAGCGUCCUCGAACGAAAGCCUGGCACUAGAGGAUACCGAAAGCGAUGACGAGCUCUCAAAUGUGGCUACGCCCAGUGGCUUCACGGAGCGAGAUGCGGCUAGCAAUCUGGAGCAGCGUCUCAACGAAGUGGCCCGCUGCGUGGUGUGCAAGAACAUAUCCUUCACGGCCCUGUUCCAAUGCCAGCGGGGACAUCUCAUCUGCGCUGGCUGCUACGAGAUCCGCGUUCACGACAAGUUGCUUAGUGCCGGACUAAGUACCUGUCCGGAGUGUGGGGUGCGGAUCAAUAUCCGGGAGCCCAGUCAGAAUGUGGUGGUCGAGAGCACAGUGGCCGAGAUGCCGGUGGCCUGCGAACACUGCGCCGCCAAAAUGCCGCGCUCCGGUCUGCGAGAGCAUUUUCUGCGCUCCUGUCCCAAGCGCCUGGUGUCCUGCCAAUACCACAGAUUGGGCUGCGACUGGGUGGGCGAGGCCCCGUGGAAGAGUGAACACGAAACGGUGUGUCCAGUUGUUGGCAAGUCUGGGUUAGAGCUGCUCGAGAGUCUCCAGUUGAAGCAGGACACCCGGGAUGCCAAGCAGCGGAUUAUCAGCCAAAUCCUGACGAUAAUGCAACUUCCAGAUUUGAAAAUGCGACGGCUGCAAGUUCUGCCCCAAAAAACCCGGGAGGGCUUGUUUCCUCUGGAUACCUUUGUCAGUGUGGCCCGGUUUCAGGCCUACCAUCACCGGUGGGAAGUGCUUCUCAAGUGGGAGCGCCCGAACCAGCCGAUCGUCUCGAAAGAGUUAUCCGAAGAAGGAAGUGAUAAAAGCUCUCCUAAGGAGGAGUCAGAUAUUGCACCGGAGACUUGUUAUUCGGCUUUCAAUACUUUGAUGUUCAAGUUGCGCCUUGAAUCCGCCGCGGAUUGCCGCUCCACAUUGGUGCUCAGCUACACCUUCGUCCAGGGCACCUAUUCCGAGGUGCGAUUUCUUCCCAAUCUUUGUGAACGUUGCGAGUUCUCUAAAGAUCGCAUUAUGAGUCCACCCUCGAUCUUCUACAGCCACACAAAGACGCACUGCAGCAAGCUGGUGAACGAGCGUGGCAUCUUUACACGCCUCCUGAUGGUUAUGAACUAA